AUGGCAUAUGACAAAGCUUUCAUAUAUUUAUAUGUUAAUUAUUAACUGACUUCCUACAUCUUUGUUGACUUAGUGGGAGAGUGACAAGGAACUGUGAGGUACCUAUUUGGGAGCAUAGCAAGUUGGACAAUUUGCAGGGGCAUUUUUUCUACCUCCCUUUUGGAAAUUGCUUCAUCCAGCUGACACUGCUUCAAAGCCCUAAGGAGCUCUCAGACUUGCAGAAGAAAUCAGUCCUAUUGGAGAUACACAGAUGAACUGGGAGGCCGAAAUGAUAAAAUUGCAGAUGUUACUGUGUUUGUCUGGCAUCAAAAAUCACUUUGUCCCAUCCUCUCAUAGCUGUCAUCACCUCCAGGACUGAAGUAAGUAUGUAGUGGGCACUGGUAUGAGAAGAUGGACGUUGUCUGCUUAAGGCCAUAUUUUUAUGAAGAUAAUUCUUUUUUAAGAUUUCCACAGGUGGGUUUUUGCAACUAGAUUGUAUUGCCAACUAAAUCUAGUUACCUUAACAUCAGUAAAUAGAAAAAUUGUUGCUUUAGUCUUUAUGUUUAAUGUUUAAUACACAAAACAUAGUGGCAUUAGAGUCGACUUGGUACAGUAUUUCUCCAGUCUUGAAUGAAAUAGGAGCAGUAGAAAAAGUAUUUUAGAAAACUUAUGGGAUAUACAGAUCCCUAGAACAUGUCAGAUUUACAUAAAUUUGAGGCCAGAUAUUCUCUGAUGACAGAUCAUUCCUAUAAGUAUUCAAAAAAUUGUACAAAAGACAUGGGAAAUUAAGUACUGAUUUGUUUCUCUCUUUUUUUCUUUUUUCUUUUCUUUUUUUCUUUUUUUUUUUGUUUUUUUGGGGGCGUGUUUGGUUGGUUGGUUGGGGUUUUUUUGUUUGUUUUUUGUUUGUUUUUUUUUAAAUACAAUAAAACCCUAAUUUGCUCUCAGAAUGUACAGUCAGCAAACAAAUCUUAAAUCUCAAUUACUAAAAUAGUUCCCAGCACAGUUUUAGGAUGAUUCAAACUGGGGAAACUGGGAAAUUUAUAACAAGUGGAAUUUGCAAAGGUAAAGCAUCAAAAAAAUCUUGGGUAAAGUUUGAGGGUCGGAAAGCAAUGACAUCAUAUGCAGGCUGCAGCCCCCUCACAUUUCUGAUUAAUUAAAAUGUUUCUGCUAAUGCAUUAAUGGCUAAUUAAUCUAAAAAUGGCCAAAGUUUAUUGUUUGUUGUUAGACUUUGUGGCCUGGAUUUGCUCAUGCCUCUGAACUGAGGCAUUUACUGUCUCACACUGGUCCUGGCAGCUCUCAGUAAAGACAGCACAAAAGCUGAAGUUUGUACAGGUUGGGCUCCAGCCUCAAGACCACAGGUGCUGGGAGAGAGGACCAGAGAUUCUGUUUUGCAGGAUCUCUUGCAACAGUCAGGAACCAGAGGAUUUUCUCAGAUUUUGUUCCUGCUAGCCAGUAACUCUAGGGCUCCUGAUUAUGUGUAAUGUGUAUAAGGAUCUUUGAACAUAAUGGUUAAUUAACAAAGAAGACAGUAACUUGGAAAAAACCCCAUUCAUUUUCCUUUUGUGAUGUAAAGAAGAUCUUUAGGGGAGCUAAUCAGAGACUCUUUCUCCUCUGUGUGAUACCAUGAUAUAUACAGAAUUAAACCCUGUAUGCUACUUGUCCAUGGAUAUUAAAUUUCAACAGUUCAUUAAGGUUGGGGAAAGAUGACUGCAUCUUCCCUCUACACACAUAUUCUCUUCUUCACUGACAGGUUCACCUAUUCACCCAAAUAAUAAUGGCCUUUGUCAUUUUAUGUUUUGUUUCUUUGCAGUGCCUUUCUCUCUUCACAUGGCAGCUGUGUCUGUGACAGAGCAGGAGAGCUCCGAAGGAUGAACUCCCUGGUCAGCACCUCACACCUCCAGCUGGCUGCCUUUCCUCUGGGCACGGUAGGCUGGAUCCUGUGCACCAUUUCAACGGGAAGUGUGGAAUGGCGAGUGUGGCAUGUGGACAACACUACUAUCAUCUCCUCUGGCAUUGCCUGGGUGGGGAUUUGGAAAGUCUGCUUCAUCAGUUAUCAUCAUGUCUCACCUGGCUAUAGAGAACAGUUUUGCCAUAAGUUCAGUGGCUAUGACUCCUUCAUCCCCCAUGAAAUUUAUGCUGCUCAGGGUCUCCUGUUGAUCGCCAUGUUCAUGGGCUUGCUGGGACUGGCUGCUACAAUAUUUGCUCUGAGAAAUGUGUACAUGGGAAUCACUCACAAAACUCUCAUUGCCCCGUUCUUCCUGCUGGGUGGCGUCUUCUACGUAUUUGCUGCUCUGUGUGUCCUGAUUCCCGUGAGCUGGAAUUUCUAUUCCGUAACUCACAACCAGAGCAUAGCUUUUCCUCCUUCUUACUACAUGCCCUCCAGUCCAGUGGCACAGGAAGCCGGUGCUGCCAUUCCUGUUGGGAUUGUGGCUGUCAUCCUCCUGCUGCUGAGUGGGACAUUUUCUCUCUCAUACAGAUUUCCCAUGACCACAAACACUACCACGAAAUCCUGACAGGACAAACCCCCCAUACUGUUUCAGAACAAGAGUACAGUCAAGAGAUCAGGACAGCAGCAUGAGUGGUUGUAAAGUUAGGGAACUGCAGAAUUUAGUUUUAUUCUACAGUAGCCAUGCUAUUUUCUUAUAGGAACCAGUGGAGUUACCAUCUCAGUACUCACCUAUUACCAGAGGUUUGUCUUUGAGAGAACUGCUGUUGAGCAGCAAAUGUGAUUAAAUUUUGCCAGUUGUCCUCUUUUGUAAAUACAAACAUUAUUGAUUAAUUUAUUAUUUUUUGGUGUAAAAUAUUUACCGUGCUUAAAGAGCUGAUUUUGAACGAAAUGUCCUGUAAAAAAAAUGUGAAGUAACAUGUAUUAAAUGUGAAUUUCUUUCCUUGUUGGUACUAAGCUCUUUUGUUGUUUAUUUGGUUACAUCCUUAGCAAAGUAUGUUUCGUGACAAGUCAAGACUUUUAAAACCAAUAAUAUGAUUGUCAUCAAGGUUGUGUCAAAUGACUCUUCCCUGAAUUGUCUUACAAAUGUCUUGCCAGAUUCUCCUCUUCCUUGAGGGCACAUAAAGAGCCAUUCCUUUAUUGCUUCUGUUUUUAUUUCAAGCUAUUUGCAUUUUAUGUUGCAACAUGUUUGCCUGUGGGGAAGGUGCGCUCCUUAGUUCCUAACUGAGGCAGAGCCAAAAAGUCUGCAAGUGUUUGCUUCUUCAUCUGACACUUCACUGAAUCCAAAUGUAUUGCAAAAGACGGAAAUAACUUGUACAAGUUAUUACAAAACUAAUGUCAAAAUCAGUGCUCUCAGUAACCAGGAAUACUCAGUACAACUUUCAGGAUAUCAUUCAUCUGAUGUAGGAAUCUAUGUCCAAGCCGGUAACUUCAGGUUCUGUUUAUAAUCAAUGCAGAGACAAAGACUGCCUUUUUCCCAGAUGCCUACAAUGCCUGGGAGAUUACAGCCUCCCUGAAACCCUUUUUCUCUUAACCCACUAUAAUGGCCAUAGUAGCCACAGUUGCCAAGUGUGGCACUUAUAACCAAAUUUCACCUAAGAAAAAAAAUGUCCCAAGUACUGCAAUAAAGACAAUUUAAAAAACCCCAAAAAGUUUAGAGAUUAGAAGGAAUGAGCCAACAGUGUUGACAAACAGAUGAUCUCUUGAAAGAGAUCUUCAAAUACUACAUUUUUAAAGAAAUGCUACAGAGAUCUAAGUAAUUAAGUUUUACUCUUUCAAUUGUCCUCCAUUUUUAAAAUACUCAUGGAUUCAGAGAAGGAAGAAGAAAAAUUUAAAAAAAAAAUGUAAUAAUUUUUUUGGACAUUGCAAGACAAGGCAAAAUGCCAACAAACCAGGACAUGGUGGCUGUUACUAUCCCAGCUUGUUCUAGCAGUCCAAUUUUUCCUAUACAUCUUCCCUUGGGCUUGACUUUGCUGUACUGUCUGACAACAUAGAAAUUCCACAGCACCUUCAUUUCGUCUCCAGUCUCUUCUGAAAUAGCAGUUUAUUUCAUCAUUGGUAAGUUUUUCAUUGCUGCAAGAACCUA